AUGAACAAAUUUGAAAAGGAUUUUAUGAUCUAUCCUGAAUAUACGGAUACAGAUGAUGUCAAAGCAAUACAGGGAUUCACAGAAAUCUUGAGGAAAUCGCUGGAAUUGUCG